AUGUUCACUCGCUGCCGAAAUGUUACCCUCCCCUUCGCCGCUUUGCGACAGCUGGCUCCGCCCGUGCGCUUGGUGUCCGCAGCCCUCUGGAAGGUGAUGAAACAGCGGGACGUGGCAAGGUACGGGGUCCUGGCGGACUUUGUGGCGUCUACUUGCGAGACCGUGACGGGUUUGCUCACCUUGAGGCAUCAGGCUAAGCUCCAGUUGGGGUUGAGAUCCCGGCUAAUCAUGGAGCUCCUGCGCGACCCCCAACCUGAUGCUAGCGCCAUUAAGACCCACCUAAAGAGGAUUACGGUUCCCACCACCCCGUCGACUUCAUCGUCCAACACUGUGAAAACUGAUGUCAAAGUGAGAAAAUCUGUGGAGAGUUUUCACUUGAUGGUCCACGAGAUGCUCGCUGACCCAGUUGCCAGACUGAACUAUUUUCAAGAGGAUUUUCAGGAGGACUACGGUCCUUUGUAUGACCAGACGAUAGAGAAGCGGCUGUGGGAGUUUCUGAUUCGACUGGAUCAAUUGCUCCCGGUGCCCAGCCUCUCUCAGACUGUAUCCUGGCUCGGUGAAACCCCAGCCGUUUUAGAAGAAUGCGCCCAAGCGGCUUCUCAACCACAGCUCUUGAAGAUUUUGCUGGACCAUCAAACCUCCCUCGGGCAUCCUGAGGCCAUGUCGUUCCUCCCUUCGGACGGAGGAGACUCCAUCUUGACGUCCCAAUCUUUACCUCUAUCGGGAAGAGCGCGGUCAAAUCCCGCGGAAGACUCUUCCGAAGACGGGAACCUUACCGAACUGCCGGCAAACGACAAGUCCAAAGAAUGCGGCGACAAGUUGGCGGGAGUAAAGCGCAGGAGACCGGCCGAUGAUGAGGAAACGGUUAUGUCACCUGAACGUCACGCCCUCAUAAACACUUGCCUGAGCCGGCAAGCCAAAGUCGUCAUCCCAAGGCUGUCCAGCUCCGAGCUAGGUCGAGGAACUGCGUUUUUCUACGGCCGCCGCCCUAAAACGCUUGCCAUGGUGGAAGUCCGCAACUGUGAUGGGAAAGAAAAUCAACUCACGGGACCAGCCAAAGUCGCCGUCCUGUCUCCUUUUCGCCACCUCAACAGCCCAGGGUCACUGGUAGCAGCUAGCGACGAUUACGUCCCCGAUUCGGAGGACGAAAGCACCAAGAAGUUCAAGGAGAGGCUGUUUAACAAGCGUUACUACAGAACCAAACAUGGCAGUUAUGUACCCACUCUGCGAGAGUUCUGGAAGCGAACGCACCGCACCUCCUUGCUUGAACGUAGACGAUAG